CUAUUCACUUCUGAUGAAGCCAAUAAAUAACCGUUGGAUCCAUGCACGACACCCUCUCUGUUCCUCAAGUUUCUCUUCUGACCCAGUCAGGAGAAAGCUCGAGCACAACAUCCUUUGUGGAGACGAACCCAAAAAGCUUCUUCUUCGGUGAUUUUCUUGGCACUUCCUAUAUCAGACCCCGCCAGUUUGGAGGGGGACGGAUUCCGGGGAUGGAGAGGGAUUUGGUGGAUUUGUUCGAAGCAGCCAAGAAGGCGGCGGAUUUGGCAGGCUCCGACGAUGUUUCGUCGAGCGGCCCCGAAGUUUCGCGAUGCAUUGACGCCUUGAAACAGCUUAAGGGAUUCCCUGUCACUUACGAUAUUCUGGUUUCUACUCAGGUUGGCAAAAGGCUUAGACCCCUUGCUAAACAUCCUAGGGAGAAGAUUCAAUCUGUGGCUUCUGACUUGCUUGAGUCAUGGAAGAAAGUAGUCAUUGAGGAGACAAGCAGAAAUAAGAAAAAUGGCAGUGCUACUGCUGUCAAAGUGGAGAAUGUUCAGAAACCAGGCACAGUGAAGGUAGAAAAGGUUUCAAGUCCAGAAACUGUCAAAGCUGAGAAAGUAUCUAGACAUGAAUCACCUGAUUCAACAAGAACCAUCAAAGUAGAGAAGGAAGCAAAUGGGGAUACUGUAAUGGCUGAGAAGAGGGAUUGGGGAGAGACUGUGAAGGUUGAAAAGAUUCCUAAAGAUGAGAAACAAGCUUCUAAUGUUAACAAACAAUCACAAGCACCAACUGCUCCCCCAAGGCUGACUUCUUUGGUAAGAUGUAAUGAUGCUCUACGUGACAAAAUCCGCGAACUUCUUGCAGAGGCCUUAUCCAAGGUUCCAGGUGAGGCUGAUAUGGACAUCAGAGAUCAAGUCAAUGCUUGUGACCCCAUCAGGGUUGCUGUGGCUGUGGAAUCUGUAAUGUUUGAAAAGUUGGGAAGGUCAAAUGGCUCCCACAAAUUGAAGUACAGAUCAAUAAUGUUCAACAUGAAGGACGCAAACAACCCAGAUUUAAGAAGGAAGGUUCUUCUUGGAAAAGUCAAGGCAGAGAGGCUUGUUACCAUGACUCCAGAAGAAAUGGCCAGUGAACAAAGGCAGCGUGAAAAUAACCAAAUAAAAGAGAAGGCUUUAUUUGAUUGUGAGCGUGGUGGCGCACCUAAGGCUACCACAGAUCAAUUCAAGUGUGGACGUUGUGGUAAACGGAAGACCACCUAUCAUCAAAUGCAGACAAGGAGUGCAGAUGAACCUAUGACGACCUAUGUCACAUGCGUUAACUGCAACAACCAUUGGAAAUUCUGUUAGGGCCAUCAUGCAUGCAGAGGAGACCAGGACUGAUUAUCCUUAUUGCUUUCUUCAUUUAUUAUUCAUUAUUAUGAUAAUUGAUGUUUUUAUUUUGGUCAUUAUGAUAAUUAAUGUUAGAAAUUGUCUUUUCCUUCAAUUUUAUCUGAAUAGACCUUUUUAAGCAUUUGCUAGGCAUUUAGAGAUGAUUUUCAUAGGUAUAACUUAGUAGUAUUUGUUUAGGAGUUUUCACAACCCUCCACAGCCUUCCCAAAAUCAAAGAACACUGCAUAUUAGUUGUUGUAUGUGGAACCCUCACCAGCUGCUGGUUUGUUCUUCACAGGGUGCUUCCAGGUUGUUGAAGGGUUGGGAGGAAGCUCACAUUAGAAUUAGACCUCCUUAAUUUAGUUUGUAUCUCACAUUGCCACAAAGGCAUAUUGUGAAUUUUUUUUAUUGCUUUUAUUAGAGCAGCCUCAUAAAUUUCUUUUUCAGGU